UCUGGUUGCUGAGAGGUGAGGACGUGCGAUUUGAGAGAAGGCGAGGCUUGGAGAUUGUGCAAUCUACAUUUAGAGGGCGAUUGGAUUCAUAAGAUAUUUUCUAGUAUAGAAGUAAGCCCCCCCUGAUGUUAGAAAAAAUGCUAGCGGGCGUGAGCAGAUGUUCGGGGGUGAGCGAGCGUGCCCGCGGCGUUGUAGCGGCGACGGCAGCGGCGUGGCAGAGGUGUAGCAGGUGCGUGUCCAGCAAUGAUGUGGAUACCUUCAGAGAUACCGCCACGAUGCGAAUGCCCAACGGAGUAAAGCAAAGCCCAGGACUGUUCAGCGCCGAGGAGGUGGAGGGACGAGUGAAUCGCCUGCGUCACCACAUGGAGCAAGAGGGUCUAGCUGCCUGCCUCUUCACUUCCAUCCACAACGUCAAUUAUUACACAGGAGGGUUCACCUACUGCGCCUUCGGACGACCUUACGGAUUGCUGGUAACACCUGAAAAGCACGUCACUAUAUCAGCACUGAUUGACGGCGGGCAGCCCUGGCGACGCUCUCCACAGGACAACAUAAUCUACACAGACUGGAAGAAAGAUAACUACUUCAGGGCUGUGACAGAGGAGCUCGGGACAACCAAGGGGAAGGUGGGGGUGGAGGAGGACCACCUGAGCGUGGAGGGGUGGGCCAAGCUACAGCACCACCUCCAGGGUGCCACUCUCACUGAUGUAUCUCAGGCCGUCAUGAGGAUGAGGAUGAUUAAGAGCAAAGAGGAAAUCGCAGUUCUCAAGAACAGCACAGCCACAGCAGACCUGGGCGCGUGGGCGUGUGUUGAUGCACUGGGCGAAGGAGUGCCGGAGUACGAGGUGGCUUUUGCUGGCACGCAGGCCAUGGUGCGCCGCAUUUCGGAACUCUACCCUGACAGUGAACUUAUGGACAUAUGGGUGUGGUUCCAGUCUGGAAUAAACACAGAUGGUGCCCACAACCCAGUCACCACCCGCAGGAUACAGAAGGGUGACAUCAUCUCUUGCAACACCUUCCCGAUGAUUGCAGGGUAUUACACUUCUCUGGAGAGGACUUUCUUCUUGGAUCACUGCAGUGAUGCACACCUCAAGGUAUGGGAAGGUAACAUUGCAGUUCACAAGCGAGGCCUGGAACUCAUUCGUCCAGGAGCCAAGUGUUCUGAAAUUGCCCAUGAACUGAAUGAACUCUACGCACAGCUUGGUCUCCUUAAGUAUCGCAUGUUCGGCUAUGGUCACUCCUUCGGGGCGAUGUGCCACUACUACGGACGUGAGGCAGAUCUUGAGCUGCGGGAGGACAUUGACACAGUACUGCAGCCUAACAUGGUGGUGUCAAUGGAGCCUAUGGUGACUGUCCCCGAGGGACAACCAGGAGCAGGGGGAUACCGGGAACUUACAAUUCUGGUAAUCCAUGAUGAUGGAUCAGUUGAAAACAUAACAGGCUUCCCCGUUGGACCAAAUCACAACAUCUUCAAGAAAUAAAGAGGAGAUGAAAGAAACCCUUCUGAUAUCACUGGACUCAAAAAAAAAAGAAAAAAAAAAAGGAUUUUUAUUUUUAUUUUUUUACACACGCACACAUAUACAGUUGGUUUAUUGACAAAAAAAAAAAAAAAAAACACGUGAGUUACAGCAGCAGGAGACAAAUACUGGUUACUUUAUUUCCAAAUAAUAACCUUAAUGUUGGAUUCAGUAUACUGAGCAGACAAGUUAAACUUACAUAAUUCAAAUUAUCAUAUAUAAGAUUACAUGAUUAUUUUACGUUGUCUCUGCAAUACAUGAGAUCAUUCACACCUGUGAAUUUCAAACUUGACAUGUUUUUGUUUGCAUGAUAUUACUAUAGCAUGUACAUAACUGCACGUGUGCCUAUUUCAUUCUUUAAACAAUGGGACAUAACACAUAAUCUUGUGAAUGUUCGAUAUUGAUAACCUGGAAUGGUGUCCUUAGUGUAUAUUGGGUGCAUGGAUGGUACGGCUAAGGACAGUUCGGUUAAGUAAGAAAUUUGUUACAAUUUGUUUCUCCCUGAUACAUGUUGCUAUCUUCUUAAAAGGACCAAUUAUUUUGUAACGUGCAUGUUAGAAAUUUAUACCUUGGGGUUUGUUUGAGUUGUUAGGGUGAAGCUCUAUUUUAAGAAACUCAAUCUCCUCUUCAUAUGUGUCAUCCACUGAAUGAAUUCCUGAUUCUACCAGACACAAGUCAAUAUAUGUGUUGUGUUUCACGUUUGAUAAAUUUCAAACUGACUUGUACUGAGCCCUUUCAGUGACCAAUGUUGCAGAGUCCUGGCAAUGGCUGUGUCUAACACCUGCUGCUUAUAUUAUAUGAACGGCAUUUUUGUGCUUCAAACAUAAAAUAACGCAAACUUG